AUGCCGUCUGAAACAGAUAAGAUAUCACCACUAGACGUCAAUGAGAAAAUCGCUCAAUCAUUACUUUAUCAUAAUUUGAAAAUAGUUCCCAUUAAGAAAUAUCUUCUUAUUCUUCUUACUAUACAAUGGCUUACAUGCAUUUUUAUUCUUGGUGUUGGAACUUAUUCAGUAUUUAUUAGAAAUGCAGUGGAUAUUUCAAGUGGAAUUCAAUCAUUGAUACCAAUACUUUUUUUAGCUAUCUAUUAUGUAUUUGGUCUUGUUGUUACAUAUCAAGAACAUCAAAUCGGAUUACUUAUCUUUACAUCAAUUGGAGUGAUUAUCUUCAUAGCAAUAUGCAUUUGGUUUGGUUAUAUUAUGUUAGUGAUUACUGCGUUAACUGUUGGUUUUGGUGUUACUAAUCAAGCAUAUGCAGUUCUCGCAGUUUUUGGGAUUCUCUUUGUAGUGGUGAUAUUUUUUAUGGUUACAUCUUUGAAAUUUUCUUACAAUUUGGCGAAAUUAAUCUCAACAAAUCAAUAUUCGACUGUCUAA